GAGCGCCAGAGUGAGCUGAAGAGGAAAUUCGAGCAGAUGAAGCAGGAGCGAGUGAGCAGGUACCAGGGGGUCAACCUGUAUGUGAAGAACCUGGAUGAUGGGAUAGAUGAUGAGAGGCUGAGGAGGGAGUUCUCUCCCUAUGGCACCAUCACCAGUGCCAAGGUGAUGACAGAGGGUGGCCACAGCAAAGGGUUUGGGUUUGUAUGUUUUUCCUCCCCAGAAGAGGCUACCAAGGCCGUGACAGAAAUGAACGGGCGGAUCGUCAGCACCAAGCCUCUCUACGUCGCGCUCGCGCAGAGGAAGGAGGAGCGGAAAGCAAUCCUCACCAACCAGUACAUGCAGAGACUGGCCACCAUGAGGGUCCUGCACGGCCCUCUCCUGGGCUCCUUCCAGCCCCCCCCGGGGUAUUUCCUACCCCCCAUCCCCCAGCCCCAAACCAGAACUACCUUCUACAGCCCCAGCCCGGUCGUCUCGGUCCGUCCUGCCGCUCGCUGGAGUGCGCAGCCCAGCCGGGCUCCCCCGUAUCCUGCAGCUACCCCCAUCCUGCGGGCCGCCGCGCCGCCCCGCCGCCUGCUCUCCAACAUCAGCACCAUGAGGCAGGCCUCCACCCAGGUGCCCCAGGUGCCUGCCCAGGCCCAGAGAGUGGCCAACAUCGGGACACAGACGGUCAGCACCCGGGUGCCCUCCUCACCCACUCUGCCACGGGGUGCCCCGCAGUACAAGUACUCCUCGACCGUCAGGAACGCCCAGCCCAUGGGACACGGGCUGCCCGUGGUGGCCCCACAGGUGGGGGAACCUGCUGUACACGUCCAGGGGCAGGAGCCUCUGACAGCCCCUCCUCAGGAGCAGAAGCAAAUGAUAGGUGAGCGCCUCUACCCUCUGAUCCACGCCCUGCAUCCCUCCCUGGCCGGCAAGAUCACGGGGAUGCUGCUGGAGAUCGACAACUCCGAGCUGCUGCUGCUCCUGGAGUCCCCCGACUCCCUGCACGCCAAGAUCAAGGAAGCGGUUGCUGUUCUCCAAGCCCACCAGGCCACCGAGAUGUCACACAAGAGCAGCACCGUGGUGUUCCUGCAGUGA